GGACAUUGGAGGUCUUGUCAAUUGUUGUACGGUGUGCGGGUGGAUUUAGAAGCCACACGCUUUGUUCAAGUGAUGCCAGACCCGAUGUUCUGUAACUGGCUGCUGAGGAGACUGGGAUUACGGAAUAUACGGCGAGUGCUUGCGCAGAAGUGUUCGUUGUGCCGUGAAACCUCUAUUUAACGUUCGAGUUGUGAUGUUUCAUGCACCCUCACCAUAGUCACUCACAUGCACAACAAGUUGAGCAAUGAGCUUCAUCUUCGACGAAGAGACGGCGUGUUACUGACGACAGCUGAAAAGGCCACGACUGUGGAAUAUAAAUCAAGUGAUCUCUCGAAAGUGUCUGCAGCGUAGUGAUUCCUUGUGGAAUAACUCACAGUUCGUUUUCACCGUGAUCAUUCACCUGCAUAAGCAGUUAAACGCCGACUUGUGUGAAGAACAAACGUUCUACUGACGUCAGUGGGCGACUCUGCAAGUGCUUCAUCACAGGUCCUCUUCGUGCUGUUUUCGUCAUCGGAUGUAACUCAUCGUUUGUGGAGUAUCCUAUAGUUUGUUCCCAUCAUGACUGCCCACGCACUUGUGAAUUUCAGCUACAAACUUUACGUAGAGCCGGUGUACCAUUGGUGGCAGCAGGGACCACGACUGUGGAAUAUAAAUCCAGUGUUCGCUCGGAACUGCUUCUCGUGUCGUGAUACUUAGAUAUAAUUUAAGUGUGCUUUUGUGGAGUACCACCUCAAUCGUUUCCAUCAUGGUCAGUCACGUCCACAAGGAGUUAAGCCUCGACUUCUACGAAGGCGGCCACACCGACACCGCCCGCCUGAUCCAGACGUCCACGCCAAUCCACAACCUAGUCGACGCCGGCACGCAAGUCGACCUCUCCAUCGACGCAAUCACUUACGACUCCGACGAUGACAUGGUGAAACGUAAGGUAACCGUGCUCCGCUGCCGAAAGGGCCAUCCAAUCUAUUCGCGCGAGGACAUACGAGAACAAUACUGCAUUACCCGCAAAGAACUCGCCGUACUCGAUGGCAAACGUACCCAUCGUAUCUUUGGCUGCCUUGCCAACGCUGCCAGCAGUGGUCCCUGCAACGCCGCCUUCUUUUCCUGUCUACAACGUGCAUCGAGCGACGACAAUAUCCCUACCCCGCCGCCACCUCCAGCGACUCAGUCCUGCCAGCCUGGGGACGAUGAUGACUUUGCCAGCUCGGGUUUCCGUCGUCGUCCCAAGCCCUUCUGCUUACAAGACCCGAAACUCCGCUACAGCAACCUCGACUCCACAGACAGUGACGCGGUGCGGAUCGUCGCGCAUUCCAGGUCUUUCUCUGCUCGGUCGCGGCUGCAGAGUUGCAACAGCUAUGGCAGUACAAGCCAGGGGAGCAUCGAUAGCAGUAUUUUGAGCUGUUUCUCUCGAUGUCCUUCACGGCCUUCGCAGCUAAACCUGCAGUAUGAACGAGGACAGAUAGGUCCGUGUCGCAGCGUCGAUGCGUUAACCGACGGCGGUUUCUGGAGGAGGAGGCGGAGUGACGGAGGCUUGAAGUCUCCGGACCUCCUGAUGGACGGGCGGCGGCCCAAGCAUGUUAGUUUUGAUUCGCGUACGCUGGUGAGGAGCAAUACUGUGGCCGGAGGGUUGGAAGACGUUGAACUGUCUCUGGGACCAGUGGCUACGUCGACGCCCUUGAACUUAGCAAACAGGCGAGCCAUGACGGCGUCGCCUCCAGGCAGUUCCCACGAAAGGCUCUUGGAAGCGCACCACUACCAUGAAUACUUUGACGCUUCAGCGUUCGGUGCUGGUCGAAGGAGAGCCCUCUUGAGGACACAGGCUACACAGACGGAUUGCCCGCAACCCACAAAGACGAGUUUUCCUGCUUACCUUACGCUCUCACCCAGGGCUUCCGGAUCACGCAACCCAAAACAUAAGCCAAACCACCGGAGAAAAGCUGCUGUUAAAGAGAACAGGAGAGCCGGCACGUCUGUAAGCGACGACAGUGAGGAAGACGAGGUAAUGGAAGUUGACCUGAUCAACAAGCAACAAAGACUGCUUCCCUCCCCGAAGCCGCACAGUCACCACAACCACUAUAGGUCGAGCGAAAGUAACUCAACGUACCAUGCGCGACACGGAACAGAGAUUGCGAAACCAGGUGCGAACAGUCAACGCUUGCCUAAACCAGAGCAACCAAUCAAACAGCCUGAAAAGAAUGGACCAGCGCUGAUGACAAGGACGACUCCGCUUCAACAAACACUAGCAAAUAAAGACAGUACCGUAGACACAUUUAGUGAAAAUAAGCACAGCCCUAUAGCAAUCGAAGAAAAGCAAGCGCCUUCCGUAAAAGGAGCCACAAAGGAACCAUUAAGGCGACUAGUAGCACCAGUACAAACCAAAACCGUUCCACCAGAUCUAACGGCGGAUAUCAGAGACGUCUCACAUAUUCCAGCGGAAGCGUUAACUUCUCCAGAUAGCGAAUCAUCUAGUAGUCAAUUUACCGAACGAGAAUCAUCACGCAGCGAGAGGUCGACAAGCAGUUCCGGCAAGUGCGCUCAACAAAAGGACCAGAAAUGUAUGGACACGAGCGACAGCACAUCGGAGUACGCCACUGCAACUGAACAUUCGCAACAAAUCCGCGACAGUGCUCCUUCUGGAAGUCUGUCUCGAAGGGACGGGACAGAUACUUCUUUCGAAAGCGCAUCUUCAGCUAGCGUCUUCAGUUCGCCAUCUUCGAGAAAUGGACAGGGGUCGAAAAUCCCAUCGCCGAGUGAUGAACCGACGGCUAAGCCACCACUGCAGUUUCAGGAUGUUGAUGAAGGGAUGCUAUCCGAUGAGGAAACCGAAAAAGGACACGCGGAUUCGUCAGACGAAUCGACUAAGAAAGGAGAGCAAGCGUCCUCGUCGUCCGAGUCUGGUGAAUAUUCUCUAGGACGGGCAGAAGGCUUCGAUGGCAGCGAAAAAUCUGAAGACGACGACGACGCCGAUCUAGAUUUAGAAAAAGCGGACUUGAAAGAUGUCGAACCACAGCAGGAGUCGUCUGGCGAGCCAGCUGAACUUAACCUAGAAACUUUUGGUCAGGAGGAUGACGAUGGUCAGAACGACGAGGACGACGAGCUCGAAGCUAUUAUGAUGCCCCUAAUGACAUUUCGAGACGUACAGAACGCGAUAAGCCGAACGGAAAUCAGGCAAUACGACGAGUUGUCCACGGUGUCUGAGGUAUCUGAAGAGAAUAGCAAUUCAGACCAGCAGAUAACAGAGCGGUAUCAGCCACCAGACAUCAUUAAGGAAACGAACAACACCUCACCCGCUGAAGAAUCCGACCCGAAAGCUGAACCUGCACCAGUAAACGAAGGAAAACACAACUCUACGACAGAAUGCAUAGGCUGCGAUGACGUCACGAGCCCUAGCUUCGACACCGCCGCAACGGCAUUCGGAAGCCCCAGCAUCGAAUGUCCACUUCCCGACGCCCCGGUUACGGCCACAAACGUGCUAGACCAGUCUCUCGAAAUCAGCCACGCUUCCAAUAUAUCCACUACGGAUUCGGAAGGAAAAAGUGUCAUAACAUUAGAGGCAGAUUCGACAAAGAACGACGACAGCACGGAACAAACCGACAGUUCAGCGUCGAAUCAAGGCAAAGGGGAAGACACGCAUAACUCUAGCGUUUCUCCGUACACGUUAGAAGGUGGAGCAAUACCAAAGCAACAGACCGCGUUGGAUUACCGACAGAGAAGGGAACGGGCUUCCAAAGUGCGCUGGGAGACUGUGGACCACUGUACCGGACACGCCGCUUUUGGUGAUCGCAGAAAAGAGCAUAAUAGACGGAGAUCGCGGUCGCUUUCGCGAAGUCCGGAGUCGGGGCAUCGAACGGUUGAUUGUGCAGUGUGUAGUCAGUGCGGUGAAAAAGUAAGAGAUCAUCGGAUGCCCGGUGCAUUUUCGUGGGAGAGACCUCUGAUGAGAGGUCACUGUCCAGACGGAAGGAGAUCCGCACCAUGUCCGGAUUACGGCCCGCAUCAAGGGCCAUGCAUCGGGGAUAUGUACGACGAUGACGACGAUGGAGAUGCAGGCAUCCACACUAAAAGUUAUCGGCAAUCCAACUGGCUGUGCAUAAGCAAUGAAGACGAACUUCUGGCUUGGAGACAACCUCUGCGGCCACGUUCUGCUCGAAGAAGAAUGAGAGAAGAGGCGAUGCGCUCGGGUUCAUCUUCAUCUUCCUCUUCAUCGUCGAGCCCAUCGGCGGACGAACGCAGCGACUCCCCGGACUCGACGGAGUCCGAGAAAGAGUUCUGUCGGCAAUACACCACCAUUACGCAUCGCAUGAUUCACCGGAAAGCCAGCGUCGAAAUGUACAGGCGCAUUGCACACCGAUGCUUCGAACCUACGAAGACCGUUCACAUACAGAAGAGCAACGGGGAAUUCGGUUUCCGUAUCCACGGAAGCCGACCGGUUGUGGUAUCAGCCAUUGAAAAAGGAACCCCAGCAGAAACCUGUGGCCUCGAAGUGGGUGACAUCAUUAUUAGUCUGAAUGGCAUCUCAGUUCUGGAAGCCUCUCAUUCUGAAGUGGUUAAGCUGGCGCACGCCGGGACAGAGGUAUUGGUAAUGGAACUAGCGCGAACCUGCCAUGUGCUGACACCGCAGACGAAGCAACACCCUUCGAUCAUGUGGGGCUACCUACAGAGACUGAGCAGCAGCGGAGCAGGGAAACGCUGGUGUCGACGAUGGUUCGUGCUCAAGACGGACAACCGCCUCUACUGGUACAAGACAGAAAGGGCGACAGAGCUCUCUGGAGCUGUCAUGCUGGAGGCGGUGUCGGUAAGCCGCGUUGUGGAAGCCGGUGCUGAACAUGCCUUCAAAGUCGUUAGAUCGCCUGGGACCACAUCCAACGCCAUCUACUUCGCCGCUGACGACGAGGAAGCCGCUAGCAGAUGGAUCAGUGCCUUGAACCAGGUCGCCUGCAUCGCCUCGAGAGGAACGUCUUAUAUGGACUCCGUGGUUAGCAACCUGCACGCGCCGUGCGGCUCCCUAGUGGAGCCUGACUGUCAAGGCUACCUAUGCAAGCUCAGUCAACAGUGGAAGUCUUGGAAGAAGCGUUUCCUGGUGCUCAAGGAUGCCUGCCUAUACUUCUACAAGGACAGGAAUGCCCCAGCUGCCAUAGGUGCGUUCCUCCUUCACGGGUACCGAGUGCAGAGCUGCUCAAUAUCCGGCAAGAAGAACACAUUCGAAGCCAUUCCUCCGGAGCCUCUCAUGAGACACUUGCAUUUCCUUGCAGAUACAGAAAUAGAAAAGAAGAGAUGGCUUGCAUCAAUGGAGUAUUCAAUCGACCGGUGGAUAAGACUUUGAUGAAGAUGCAGCACUAAUACUGUGAAAUUGCUUUUACCAACGCUGCCAGACCAAUUACGUCUGGAAGCAGGGCCUGGAACGGUACAGACAGCCAGUUGUGCAGCACAUAUCAUACUUGCAAGGCGCUGACUACGUGGCAUUUUCCUCGACACAUCGGAAGCUCACAUUUGAAACUGCGUGGAAUCGUUUUAUUCAAUAGUCAUCCUACACCCGUUCAUCCAUCUUAGCCGUGGCGACCACAUCCAGUAAAAGAAACUAACGUGCCAAAGAGGAGGACAAGUUCUAAGUGAUCAAUGAUACUUAAUAUUGCCAAUGUUUAUUGAAUUAGAGAAUAAAGAAGAUACGUUGAGA